CGGGGGUGACGGUUGCUGGCAGCCGUUCAAAGCAAACGACGGUUUAAAGAUGGCGGCCGGGCGGAGGCGGCCGGGGGCAAGUAACCGGCACUAGCGCGAGCGAGCGAGCGAGGAGGCCCGUGGCCGCCGUGUGUCCGAGGAAGAGGCGGCAGCGGCUCGCCAUGAGCGGGGAGAAUGUACCUGAUAAAUCCUCCAUCCUUCCUUUCUUGAGCCCUUUCAAAGCUCCGAGCUCUCGAACACCGCUUCAAGAUGAAAACUCAGUUCCUUCGUAUAUUGCAGUGAUUAACAAAGGCAAGCAUGCUGUAAAGCAGGAGCAGCAAACAGUGGAAAGAGCCAAGCAAAGUUCUCAACCGUCUCUCAGUAAGUUGGCAAAAUCCCACAAAGGGACAGCUAAGAAAAAUUACGAGCUACGUGGAAGAGGAGCAGAGUCUGUGGAUGAUGCAGCCCAUGGGCACCGAGAGCCUGGCAAAAAGGCCACUUCCAAAGUGCAACUAACAAAUGGCAGCAGUGCCAAAAUCAAUGGGAAAUAUGGUCCCAGGAAAAACUACAAGAGGACAACCAAUAAGUGGGUAAAGAGCCCAGUGAGCCAGAACCACAAAGUUACUGACUUCUUCCCUAUCAGGAGAAGCUCCAGAAAAUGUAUUGGACAGCUGAAGUCAGAAAACAAGAAAAUAAUCGAUGAACUGAUUCUGAAUGGGAAAGAAGAAGGAAUGGAGGUGGGCCAGAUUGAUGGAAAAGGGCGAGGCGUGAAAGCCACCCAGGAUUUCAAACGUGGGGAGUUUGUGGUGGAAUACCACGGAGACCUCAUCGAGUUUACAGACGCCAAGAAACGCGAGGCACAGUACGCCCAAGAUCCUUCCACUGGGUGUUACAUGUACUAUUUCCGGCACCUCAGCAAAACCUACUGUGUGGACGCUACGAAAGAGACUGCUCGUCUCGGCCGGCUGAUUAAUCACAGUAAGAACGGGAACUGUCAGACCAAGCUACACGAUAUAGCUGGGAGGCCCCAUCUGAUCCUGGUCGCAUUGCGGGACAUCAAGAACGGGGAGGAGCUUCUGUACGAUUAUGGUGACCGGAGCCGCGCGUCUGUGGCAGCACAUCCCUGGCUCAAACGGUGAACCCUGUUCUCGGAUUUGUUUUUCCUUUACAAGAAAGGGCAAACGAAGGCAUUGCUCAGCGCGCUGACUUUCAGAAACUUUCAUUGAUGGUUUGUACUGUGCAGCGGCUAACAGUGAUGGCUGAACUCCGUGUCCAACCAUGGGGUUAAACAAGAAAUGAAGUGGUAGAGAAUCAGAACUUUAUCAUCGCUUUUUCAGAAUUUUGUACAUUUUUGUAUACAGUUGUGCUUUAGGAGCAAGCGGUCAGAAUGCAGAUUGUGUUUUUUAAUAUAUGAAUUGACUUCCAAAUGCCUUGAACUUGUACAGUAUCAGCAGCCUAGCUCUGUUUAUGCUUCAGUGACUCUGACCUAUUUAAAACCACAGAUCAUUUGUAGACAUUUUUAGCAAAAGCUCCACAGGUUGGAUAUUAUGUUAUUUUCAGCCUGGAGCUUGCGAACAGCACAUUACAAUGUGGUACAAAGUGAGUUUUCUGUUGGCUGUAAACCAAGGAAUAAACUGAUAAUAGAUUUUAAAGCAGGGCUUGGGAUUAAAACAUACCUUCACCUAUGAUGUAAACAGCUAUUUAAGUUUCCAAUCCUAAAGCUUCAUGUGGGAGAGUAUUUAAAUAAACAAUGGCUUUAUUUGCA